AUGAGCAUCAACAUAUACGAACCGAGUUCACAGGACUUGGUAUUCUUGGAGACCGAUGAGGUUGACAUAAUUGACGAAGAUACCCAGAGCGAUGAUGCUGAUACCAUUUGCGCAGAUACCCAGGACAGUGAUUUUGAGUUUACCGACUUCACAUUGCCAUCCCAAAGCCAACCGCUAAUGUCUCAAUUGGAAUCGCCAUCAUUGGCACAUAGAAUGCAAUUUCUAAGCAAUAAGAUUGAUAAAAAUGACACUAAUGUCACUACAGUCACUAAGAAAAUUGGUGAAUUACGGUUCAAGGAUGAAGAAGAAGAUUCAUUUUUUACCGAGGAAUUGCCAUAUUAUGCAUGCAAAUAUUGUGGUAUUCGUGAUCGUGGAUGUGUAGUCAUGUGUAAUAUUUGCAAAAAAUGGUUUUGUAAUGGUCAUGGGAAUACUUCUGGAUCACAUAUUAUUAAUCAUUUGGUUCGAGCCAAUCAUAAGGAGGUUACAUUCCAUAAAGAUGGCCCAUUGGGUGAAACUGUGUUAGAGUGCUAUUCGUGUGGUGUAAAAAAUGUGUUUGUGCUUGGAUUCGUAACCGCCAAAGGAGACUCAGUGCUCAUAUUGCUAUGCAGACAACCAUGUUCUACACAAAAUACUUUAAAAGAUCUGAACUGGGAUCAAGAACAAUGGAAACCAUUGAUUGCUGAUCGCUGUUUUUUGCCUUGGCUUGUUAAAGUACCAAAUGAAACUGAUCAAUCGCGCUCUAGAAAUGUCAGUGCUACUCAAAUCACCAAGCUUGAAGAACUAUGGAAACAUAAUAACGAAUCAACAAUUAAUGAUCUUGACAAACCAGUUAUAGAUGAAGAGCAACAAAUCGUUUUACUCAGAUACAAAGAUGGAUUUCACUAUAAAAACGUAUUUGGAUCAUUGGUGAAGUUAGUAGCAGACAAUGAUAAACAUCUAAAAGAAUCUCGGACUCAAGAAAAUAUUACUGUACGCUGGGAUGUUGGGUUAAAUAAAAAAGUUGUCGCCCAUUUCCAUCUAGCCAAUACUGAUGGUGAAAUGCGUUUAAUGUAUGAUGACGAACUGCGUUUGAGAUUGACAGGUGAAAAUCCUUGGGAUGGAAUUGGUCAUGUUAUUAAAAUACCUGACAAUUAUGGAGAAGGCAUUGGCUUGGAACUGAAAAGUAACAAAAGUGUACCAACUGAAAUAACGUCAAAUUAUAAGGUAGAUUAUAUAUGGAAACCUACAUCUUUUGACAGAAUGCAGUGUUCAUUGAAUAGAUUUGCUACAGAUGAAUCAUCAGUGUCGACAUAUAUAUACCACAAACUGCUGGGUCACGAGUUUGAUGAUCUAAUUUUUAGGUCAGAUAUACCAAAACAUUUCUCGGCACCAAACUUACCAGAUUUAAACAGAUCACAAGUAAAAGCAGUUAAGCAUGCUAUACAACGGCCUCUGUCUUUAAUCCAAGGACCCCCAGGAACUGGUAAAACAGUGACUUCUGCUACGAUUGUGUACCAAUUAGUGACAAUUAAUGGUGGACCAGUAUUGGUAUGCGCUCCUUCAAAUAUCGCAGUGGAUCAACUAACAGAAAAAAUUCAUAGAACUGGCUUAAAAGUUGUCCGAUUGUGUGCUAAAUCUCGUGAAUCUAUUAAUUCUCCAGUUUCGUUUUUAGCUCUUCAUACCCAGGUUCAAAAGGUUCCAAGCAAUGCUGUGCUUCAAAAGCUACAACAGUUGAAAGAUGAGACUGGUGAAUUGUCAAUGGCCGAUGAAAAGAGGUAUAGUGUUCUGAAAAAAGUAGCUGAACAAGAAUUACUUAAAGCCGCAGAUGUAAUUUGCACUACAUGUGUUGGAGCCGGUGAUCCGCGUUUAAUGCAAUUUAAAUUUCAUUCUAUCUUAAUAGAUGAAAGCGUGCAAGCUACAGAACCUGAAUGUAUGGUGCCAGUUGUGCAUGGAGUACAACAAUUAAUUCUGGUUGGAGACCAUUGCCAACUUGGGCCUGUGGUAACAUGUAAAAAAGCUGCUAAUGCUGGGUUGAAUCAAUCUCUUUUUGAGCGUCUUGUAGUUUUGGGUAUUCGUCCAUUCAGGCUGGAAGUUCAGUAUAGAAUGCAUCCAGAACUAUCACGAUUUUCUUCAAAUUUCUUUUAUGAAGGUUCAUUGCAAAAUGGAGUUUGUGCUGAUGAUAGGAAGUUAAGAAAAAUUGAAUUUCCUUGGCCGGUGGAAAAUGAACCUAUGUUAUUUUAUGCGACACUAGGCCAUGAAGAAAUAGCAGGUUCAGGAACGUCAUAUUUAAAUAGAACAGAAGCUGCUAAUGUUGAACAAAUUGCAACUAGGUUUUUGAGAUGUGGUGUGAGACCUGAUCAAAUAGGAAUUAUCACACCAUAUGAAGGACAACGUGCAUACUUAGUACAAUACAUGCAAUAUCAAGCCCCUCUUCCAGCUAAAUUAUAUCAAGAAAUCGAAAUAGCUAGUGUUGACGCAUUUCAGGGUCGUGAAAAAGAUUUUAUUAUUAUGUCCUGUGUACGUUCCAACGAAAACCAGGGAAUUGGUUUUCUCAAAGAUCCCAGGCGAUUAAACGUUGCACUGACUAGAGCUAAAUAUGGCUUAUUAAUUAUUGGGAAUCCAAAAGUUUUAUCAAAAAAACAAUUAUGGAAUCACCUGUUGAACUACUAUAAAGCAAAAAAUGUAUUGGUAGAAGGACCAUUGAAUAAUUUGAAAGCAUCUCUUAUUCAACUGCCUAAACCCAAACAGUUGGAGAGUACAACUAAUCCAGGAGCAUAUUUUAUGACAACUCAAAUGUAUGAUGCUCGUGAAGCUUUGAUCCCUGGUUGUGCUCAUUAUCAUAGCAAUCAAGGAAAUGUACCAAUUAGUCAUGGUAUACCUCAAUAUUUUCCAAAACCAGGUCCUGCUGUUGAAAUGGGUUUGAAUUUUAAUACUCGUAAUGAUGAAUCAUCAACGUUUAUCAUACCAAAUUUCAGACCUGAACUACAAAUUGGCGGGAUACCUCUUGGCAUGAUGAUGAAUAUGAAUCAAUUGGCUCCCACCAGAUUCUUUAAUCAACAAUUUGUUAAAAAUCGCCCGAAUAUACAUACUAACCAUCGGCCAAUGACUAGUGGUCGUCUGAAUAAUAAAGCAAAUCAGAAGAAUCAAAAAUCAAAUGAAAUCCAUGCUUCGCCACUCAUCUCAAUUACUCAAGAUGUUAGUCAGCCCAUGUCACAGAGUAUGUCUCAGCCUGAGUUCAGUCUUUCGCAACCUGGACUAUCUCAGCCUGAUUUAUCCCAGGACAGUUUCAUAAUGAAUGAGUUUCAUUCGCAAAUGGAUGGAUUACUCUCACAAGAUUCAACAUAUGAAGGUGGCCGUACUGUCACACCGUUUUAA